CACUAUGGCAAAGUAGAUUCUGCAACGAAUACAUUGAUUGAAGUUCCCACUGUCGAGGCCUUGGUUGGCUGGAGAGCAAUGCUGCCUUAGCUAUGGGAACUUGUCGAGCUCACAUUUGAUUUGAUCACAAUAUUCUAUGGCUUCUCACCACAAGGAGACAAUCCUUACUAUGUGAUGUGAUUCCAAUAAGUAACUUCGAUAUACAAUCCAUGACAUCGGUGUGGUCGUGUUUGUGCCUAGCCUAUGGUAUCAAUCACCAUUCGUGUCUACUCCCUGCAGAUAUCGAUGCAGGCAAGGCUGAUUGUUACGAUGAUUCCCCCUGGACUACUCAUAUGGUGCGAGCUAGGUACCUGGUUCUCAAACAACCAUGGCAUCUUCCACUAUGGCUUGCCAACUCCAUUGCUAAAUUACUUGAGAAAGGCUCGUGAUCACAUGCCUAACACCACAACAAUUAAAAAGGAAGACAUGGAAGUGGACAUUGAGGUCCUCCAAGACCUGGUCACCACCUUCAACAGUAUGAUGGAGAAUCUUGGUGACACAACCUCGGAUUAUGGCGAGGACUGUGAAAGGUGGGACAUUAAGUUGGCUGUUGAGUUCAAAGAAGGACAAAGGAGGAUCAUAUCCUCGAUUCUUUCCUCGUGUGAUGAUGGCAUCAGGCUGCUGCAAACUCAUCUGCAGAAGUGCACCAGCUAGGCUGAGUGAGCUUUAGUUUAACAGUUUUGCUAGCUUCCGAGACUAUGAGGGUCCUUUUAUCUUGCGUUUGCAAAAAAAGAAUGUAUUAACACUCUUAAUUGGAGUGUUGCAUGGUUUUAUGUUUGUGAAUUCGUAUUUUAACCGUUCAGGUUAACGAGUUAAGGUAUUAUAUAACAAAAUCAUGAAGAAUCAUGUUUAUGUCGCUUGUAUUGGUCAGUACAUUAUGGUAGAUUUAUCUCUCAUAAUCUAGUUGUAAAAUUGUAAUGCUAAACUAAACUAAGGUUAGUUUGGAUGAAAUAUAUCGCCAGUACAGUAUGGUGGAUUUAUCUAGUUGUAAAUUGUAAUGCUAAAGUAAGGUUCAUUUGGAUGAUUUAUCUUGCCACUACAAUAUGGUGGAUUUAUCUAUCUUUACAUAGUUGUAAAAAUUGUAAUGCUAAAGUAAGGUUCGUUUUGAUGAUGAAAUUGGAUGAGACGCUUUGACCCAAUUACAUAAAAAUAAGUUAAUUUG